AUGUUUUAAUUUACAGACAGAUAGAUUUAGAUUCCAGAAAACAAAAGAAAAAAAUCAGAAAUAUCAUCAUUAAUCCAUGAGUUAACAAUGGAUUAAAAGAUUUCUCUAUGUGUUGAAAUUUUGGAAAGGAAUCCAGAACAUCGUAGACCAGAAGAUCUGCAAAUUAUUUAAGCAUUUACAAGCAAGAACAAAUUUUUAAAAUAGAUUCAAGAGGAGGAAGGAGAAGGAACCCUAAGGGAAUGCUACAAAAGAAUGCUCAUUGAGUUUUAUGACGAAAAUUAAGUAGUUUUAGAGUAGGGAGAAAGGGCUCAUUAAUUUUUUAUCAUUUUGAGUGGGAAUGUUUCGGUUUAUGUGUACAGAGAUCCAAAAGUUGAUGUGCGAGAAGAGGGUUUAGAUAAAGCAGCUCUAAUUAAAAAAAGAUCAUUCAAUACAAAUAAACUCAUUUCAGGUGAGAGUUUUGGAGAAAUGGCAUUGUUAAAUGAUAACCUAAGAUCAGCAAGUAUUAUUUGUGAUAGUAAAUGCAUCUUUGGAGUUCUAAGUAAAAAGGAUUAUAAGGAAAUAUUAUAAAAAGCCCAUGAAAAUAGAGUCAAUUAACAAUUGAAAGAGUUCCAUGGCUGUAUGAAGUAGUAUAAUGUUUCCACAAAAUUAUUGGAUAUUCUCUUUACUGCUUUUCAAAGUUUCCACUACUAAUUCAGAUAAACUGUUUAUUUUCAAGGUCAAUAGAGUAAAUAAGAAAUAUAUUUGAUCAAAAACGGGGAAUUCCUAAUCACAGAGAGCAAUGACAAUUUAUUCAGUCCUAAGAAAUUUGUUUCAAAUGUGGCAUUAUUGUAAAAAGGUCAAUUCUUUGGAGAUCACGAAUGCUUUUAAAAUAUUGAAAAACGACAACAAAAUGUUAUCUGCAAUUCUGAAAAUGGGGUUGUCUUAAAAAUUCAACUUAGUAGUUUAAUUUAAAGACUUUGCGAAAUGCUUGUUUAUAGAGAGAAUAAGUAAGAUUGGAAAGGAAAUCAAGACAACUGA